GUCUGUCGCACUGUUGAAAGAAAACAAAGAAAAAAAAAUAAAUAAAUAAAAAUAAAAUAAACGGACCGCCGCACCGAACGCAGUUUUCGAUUCGCAGCCGUCAGUCGAAAAGAACGCUGUCUCAGAUAUCGACUGGCACGUCCAGUGAUGAUCGGUUCGACGGCGUCGUGUCGCGACAGUCGUUCAGUGCAGUGAAUGAAGUGCAAUCAUGGCGAAUCCGAGGAAGUUCAGUGAGAAAAUCGCGCUGCACACGCACCGCCAGGCCGAGGAGACGGCCCGUUUCGAACAGAUAAUGAAAGAGGUGUCCGACGCCACGGCCAGGCCAAAUGAGGAGCAACCGGUGGCGUCGCGAUCUGUUACAUACAGGGCGGGAAGCAGGCCGUCGCGCAGCCAAACCGGACCGAUGAGGCGACCGCACGAUCGCCGCCUAGACUCAUCACCAUACUCGAGCGGUCCGUUCCUCUCUCCGCCGCCCGACACUAGUUGGCGCCGCACCAACAGCGAUUCAGCUCUCCACCAAUCCGCCAUGCAGGGAAUGAAUGCGGAUAGGAACGACGGUUCGAGUAGAGGGUGGAUGGGACCCGUAAUGAACGGACCCGAUCGAAACGAUGGCAGACCUAGGUCUAGCUGUGAAGUGCCGCGUGUACCUGGAAUCAACAUAUUUCCGUCGGCCCACGAACCCGGAAUGUUCCAAAUACCGAUUGGCAAGAACACCGGUUCGUUACCCGAUCUGACGAACGUCGAUUUCUCAUCACCCAUCCACGCACCACUCGAUCAAGAUCCUGACGGUUCAUCCCCCUAUAGUUCUAGUCCUGUAAAUACGAGCCCGUCGACAUUAUCCCCCACGAGUAUACCUCAGGGUGUACGACCCCAGGGUCGGUUUCAUUUCACGCCAGUAUCGCACGCACAUUCGAAUCAUUUGUCAGUACCAGUAAAUUCUAGGUAUCCUAGGCAUCCGAAUAAGAAUGUACAGUUAGAUAAGAACAUAGCGUUAGAUGGAUCUGAUUUCUCCACACUAAGUAAUAUAACAGGAAUAUAUCACCAGCAAUGUUCAUCUACAUCAACAUCACCAACGUUACAACAAGCGGCAUCGUACAGAAGCCCCAGACCCAGUCCGCAAUCAAGCCCCAGUCUGGGCGGCAGACAUUCGGCGCCCUGCAGUCCCGGCGCUCCCAGUCCACUUUCCAACGACUACUCGAUAUUCAACCAAACGACGCCCAGCCAGUUCCAGCAACAGUUCGAUCAACUGUCGAUGAUGGACCCGCCUGUGAGCAACAUGUCGUACGUGGACGCGAGCGUGGGGAACAGCGCCGUCGACUCGAUGGCGCAGCACCUGCAGCAGUCCGCGCAGGCAGCGGCACAACAACAACAGCAGCAGCAGCAGCAACAGCAACAACAGCAGCAACAACAUCAACAGAUGAUGCCCCACGACGGCGGCCCGCUGGGCAACAUCGAUCUAACCAACUCGGAUCCGUACAACACGUCACCCUCUCAUCAUCUAGUUUACAACAGCAACUCCCCCAGUUUGCACACGCCCAACACCCCCAACACACCCACGGGCAUACCAAAUAUAAUACUGACCACGGUGGACGAUGUUUCACGCCAGGACCUGUCAUCACACCUGAGCACCGACUUUUUCGUCGACGAUUCAAUACGGGAUGACCUCGGCGUCCUCGACUUCGAUGGUUAUCAGAUGUUGAGUAAUCCCGGCAUUACGCUUCCGGAGAGCGUUGAGGACCACUUCCGUCUGGACCGAUCGUAACAAGAGUUCACUGCCGAUUGUAAUAAUUGAAUUGGUGGGAAGUAAAGCGUUUGCAGCAGACAAUUUCGUGAACGAAAUCGGAAUAUAAAACUGUACGUUCAGUGAGAUUAUUUGUAGGACAAAGUAGACAAAGAAAACAAAAGUACAACUGUUGAAACGCAGACGGAAAGAAAGUUAGGCCCGUACUUGACUAUUAAAGAUGAUGAUCAUUGUUAUAUAGUUUUUGGUUACUUAAUAAUUUUAAUAAUAAUUUCUAAUUGUUUUAGGCAUAUGACGAAUUAUUACCACAAAAAUAUUCAAAAACAUCAAAUUAUUCAAAUUUUUUUAAAUAAUUUGAUAAGUUUUUUUAAUUUUAUUGCUUAAUAAGCGUUGCUUAUACAGUUUUUUAGAUUUUUACUAAAUUAAGUGUUGUGUAAUUCUAUACUUUUUAAUUAAUAUUAUAAUUUUUUUUUUCGUUGUACAACUGUAACAAACACAAUGAUCAUCAUUGACACUAAUUCUUAUCAAUAAAUUUGCAUUUGCAAUUAUUUCAAUAUGUAAAAAAAACAAUUAUAUACAAAGAAAGACUGAUUGCAGUCCACGACUGUUAAUAACGAAUUUUGGAAAAAAAAAAAUAAAUCAAUUUGUACCAGAACUUGAUUUUCGUAUGUCCGUUAGCAUUGUGAAUUUCGUUCGUGACUAAAGAAAAUAUAUCAAAAUUGAUGUGUUUUUUGUAAAGUUUAUUAUGUGAUACAAUAUUGCCAAAAAUGUUAUUCGAGAGAAAAUCAUAUGAUCAGUUUUGAAAUAUUUUUAUUUGCAGAAAUAUCUUAUGACUUUUGAUACUCCUAUUUGAGUAGUCAUUGUAAGAUGUUCUGAGUAGUUUUGUAAUGUGUCAUUUGUAAAUUUUUGAGGUGUUUGUACAAAGAUCAUCGUUUCACAUUGCAACCCGUUUCAACUAAUUUAAGAUUUAAAAUAAAUAUAUUAAGUUGGUGGUAUUAUUUUAAAUCUUAUAUUUUUCUAUUUACUGUACAUAUUGUGUAAAUGUAGAUUUUUUUAUUUACUUAGCAACGUUAAGUGCAAUAUUUUUUACUGUUAAAGAAUUUUAUAUUAAAAAUAUAAGCUGUUAAAUCAUUUGAAAUUUUA